AUGGAGCUAGAUAAGAAUAGAAUAUUAGUAUCUGACAAUAUCAACACAAAAGAAGAAAAAGAAACCCCUUCUGUCUGCGAAGACACAAUUGAGUUUGACAACUACAGCAGACAAACAAGGAAAGGGAAGUAUCUGCUCAAAAACAUCAGCAUUCGAAUUCCAAAGAACAGAUUGGUAGCACUAAUGGGCCUGAGCGGGGACGGAAAGUCCACGUUCUUCAACGCCAUAGCUGGCCGCUGCGAAAAAGAGACAGUGACAUACGGAGAAGUGAAUGUGCUCUCUAAAAAUGGAAGUUUGGAGCCGCGGGACAGUGUCUCCUGGUUUAAACAGGUGGGAUACUCAAUGCAGGAGAAUGUGCAGUAUGGCUCUAUGCCCACGUACAGAGUUCUAAAGUCCGUGGCAACCAUGGAGAAUGUUCCGUACAGCAAGAUUGCUUCGCUUAUGAAAAGCUUUCGUGUCGAAAAAACAAAAAACACUCCGUUCAACAGGCUGUCUGGAGGAGAGCAAAGAAGAAUUUUCACAAUUAUUGGGCUGCUCAAAACAAAAGAGAUAAAUCUGUGGGACGAGCCCAUCAGCGGCCUUGAUGCACACAUUGCCCGCAUAGCCAUUCUCUCCAUACAAAAAGAGAAAAGCACAAAUAUCGUGUCCAUACACCAGCCAAGUGAAGCCAUUCUGAGCCUUUUCGAGGACAUUAUUUUUAUGCACGCAUCAACGAUAGUAUACAGCGGGCCGCUGAAAGACCUACAGCUGUGCUUUGAAGAAAAGGGAAUAGUUUUUCCCAGAGGAGAAACAUGCGCUGACUAUCUGAUAAAGGUAAGCGCGAACUAUUCUGAAAAUGAGACAGACCAAAAGAACAUAGAGAUACUCAACAGCAUGGCAGAGAGCAUAUGCAGCUUGCCCUGUGGGAAGAGAGCAGAAGGCAACGUGUUCUUUGUGCCUUCUUUUACAGCGCGCUUUAGAAAUGUGCAGGAGAUCCUUCUUCGGUCUUUCUACUACAACAAGUUCUUCAAGGGCUCUUCGAUGCUAGUGGAGAUACUUUUCUAUGUUAUGCUAGUGACUUUCAUGUUUUUUCUAGUUAAAAGCAACAUAUAUGGAGAAAUUAUUAGAGCAGUUUUUACUCCAAAAGAAAUUCUCAACUUAUUUGCAAACAAUGCAAGUAAAGUGCUAUGCAGAACAUACAUAACUAUAUCUGAAUACGAUGUGACAUAUUUUAGAAAGCAUCCGAAUGAGCCUCUAUCUCUUUUUUAUAACCUUUUCAACCUAGACUAUCUGUUUUUUAGGCGGCCAAUGAUUUCACGUUUUGGUUCUAAUUUAGAGAUGGAUAUUGAAUAUAGCAAAUUGGUGAGCGUCGUAAAAGAGAAAGCCAAAGUAUUUUCAGGGAAUCCAGAGCUGAAUAGCAUGCUUGAAAAGUCAGUCAGUGGGAUGUGUGGUAUAGAAAAUAUCAUUAACGUCAUUUCAGUUAUUGGCUAUACUCUGUGCAGUAUAUUUACAUUCAUUAUGCUACUUGGCAUAUGCACUUCUGCUAACAUAACAAAUCUCUGCUACUACAGAAUAUGCAAAAGAAACAUAGUAGAAGGACGGAUAAGCAUCGCAGAGUGCAUAAUCUCGCAGCUAGUGGAGCUGGUGUUCAGAAAAGGAGUGCUUAUUUUUGCUGCUAGCUGUGCUGUCUCCAUCCUUGCCAAAAGGUCCUUUGAAUCCUUCUUUGAAAUCACAAAUUCAAUCGGUUUUAUUUCCAUUUUUGCUUCUUCUCUGUAUGUUGCAGCCAUCUGCAUGCUGUGGAUUGUUGCCAUUUUGCUGUCUCCGUUUUCUCAAAAAAUACAAUCGCUUAUAUAUGUUGCUCUAGAAGUAAGUUUGAAACUUUUUAAAGGCAUCCUGUAUUUGAACAGUGCCAUAAGCUUUUCUUUGCCAGAGAACGAAGACUUUAUAUUUGAAAAGUAUUUGGGUAAACAAAUAUUAAACUACAGUAGUGAAGUGCUCAAUUCUGAAAUAAUUAUAGCCAUGCUGAACACGCGCUGGAAGAUCCCAAAGUUCCUGGGAGAAAUCAUAGUGAAAGUGGCAGUGUUUUUCCAUAACUAUGUCUUCUUUUCUCUUGAUACUAUUAAAGAACUGGUUCUGAAAAUUUCAAUCUAUACGGGGUGCUUAAAAGACCCUUUUUCAAAGUUCAAGAGCUCUGAAGAGCUUCUAGCGUACAUAAAAGAGGCAAGCGCUAAAGACUGCGCAGAGCAUGCAAAAAACGGUACUGCAACAGUUCUUUCUUUGAUUUCUAAGAUAGACGAGAAAUAUAAAAGAACAGACGGAUGGGACUUGAUCAAAAACAUCAUCGUAAAAAAUCAGUUUGAGCUGUACAAAAGAAUAGUAGGUCCAAAUGAAAUAUAUGCAUCCACUCCCAUUUCAAACAUUGGCCUGCUGAGCAUCCUUAAAACAUUCUUGAAGCCUCUUCUGCUUCCUCUGCUGUUAAGUGCUCUCUCAAUAGUGUACAGCUAUUUCUACAUGCAGCCAAAAAUCAGGAACUAUUAG